AUGUGGACGAAGCUAUACAUAGUGUGUGCCUGCGCCGCUUUAGGCUUGGCGGCCCCAGCACAAGAAACGGCCGAUCUGAUGCCAGAGGCACGUAUUAUCAAUGGCCGACUUGCGGUGGAGGGCAUGUUUCCCUAUAUGGUGGCGCUAAGCAGGAAUGGUACCUAUGUUUGUGGUGGUGCUAUAAUUGCUCCGGAAUAUAUUAUAACUGCCGCACAGUGCGUCACCGAUAAAGUGACCAAGGGCGUUAUGGAGCCCGUUCCAGCUGCACAGUUGAGCAUUCGCGUUGGCUCUUUGGAUCGCCUGCAGGGUGGCGUGGUGAGCAAGAUAUCCCAAGUGACUGUACAUGAGGAUUACAUUGGCAAGAAGACGAAUGAUCUUGCUAUACUCAGAUUGCCAGCACCAUUGAACUACACUGAAGCUAUUGGAGAAGUUAGAAUAACCCACUGGGGCAUCACAGGAUUUGCUCCCCUCAAUAUCACAGGCUGGGGUAGUCUGUCUAUAAACGGCGCCUUUCCACGCCUUCUACACUGGCAAACUGAUUCCGCUCUCACCUCAAAUGAUUGCGCACUCAGCACAUGGAUCAUGAAUAGCUCCGUAUUAUGUGCGGGUCGUUGGACCGGCAACGGCAUUUGUACCGGUGACAUGGGCGGUCCUGCAGUUGGAGAUGGCCGUCUUCAUGGCAUUGCUAACUGGGUGGGUGGCAAAUGUGGCAGCGAUUCACCUAAUGGCUAUGCGGAUAUCUACUACUUCCGUGAUUGGAUUAAAAUCCAUGCAAAUCUUACUUAUUAUUGAAUAUAGCUUAUCUAUAUUUGCGUAUACGAAAGAAAAUAAAAUUAUUUUUUUAAGUUAUUGAAAAAAUA